GAAAUGACUCAGCAUGAUAUUGUAUUUUGUGCUGAGUGGCGAUUUCUUCAUACGCAUGCUUUGAGGAAGGGAAACUGUUCUCGAGUCAGCCUUGAGUGGCGGCUUCUGUCAUAGAGUGAAAUCUGAAUCCUGGUGUAGAAGAAGAAGAAGAAGAACAGGAAGGAGAAUGCUGGAGAAGGAAACAGGGGAGAAAUUCAAAGGUUGUCGUGUUGCAUGUUUGAGACGAAGCAGAUGUGCACCAGGAAGCUCUUACUAAACAAAGAAAGAUGGAGAUGAUCCGUUUGCCAGCACUACGGCGUGUGGCGAUUUGCGGUGGCACACAUGGAAACGAGAUGACCGGGAUUUACCUGGUGCCGGAGCUGGAGAGACAGCAGAAAGAGAAAGGUGAUGCCGCGUGGUCCGUCCCUCUCACCACAGUGCUGUCCAACCCACGUGCUAUAAAAGCCUGCAGUAGAUACAUAGACAAGGACCUCAACCGCUGCUUUACCAGUCCCAUCCUCAGCUCUCCCAUCUCUGAGGAUACUCCGUAUGAGGUACAGAGAGCUCAGGAGUUAAACUCUCUUUUGGGUCCCAAAGGUUCAGAAGAUGCUGUAGAUAUUAUCAUUGACCUCCAUAACACCACGGCUAACAUGGGUCUCAGCAUCAUCUCCUACGAGUGGAGCAACUCGGUCUGCUUUCAAAUCUUUAAACACUUGCAGGACAAAAUCACCAACGUGCCUGUGAGAUUGGUGUUGAUUAAUGUUCCUCCUGUUGAAGCGUUUUCCUUGGAGUCAGUUGCCAAGUGUGGCGUCUCUUUAGAAGUCGGGCCACAGCCACAAGGUGUUGUCAGAGCAGACAUCUUCAACAUCAUGAAACAGGGCGUGGACGCCGUUCUGGACUGGACUGAAACCUUCAACUCCGGGAAAAUAAUUGAAGGAGGAGAGGUAGAGGUCUACUUAAUUCAGAAGAGUAUGGAUUACCCCAGAGACCCUAAGACUGGCAAACCCACGGCUGCCAUCCAUCCACAACUACAGGAUCAAGACUUCUGCCUUCUCCAGCGUGGAGAUCCUGUGUUCCUGACGUUCUCUGGAGAGACGCUGAGCUACGAAGAAGAAGAACCGCUUCAUCCUCUCUUCAUUAACGAGGCUGCUUACUACGAGAAGGGAAUCGCCUUCCAUCUGGCUAGCAAGAAAACACUGAGCUUCCCGAGCAUCCAAGCGAAAACAGACUGAGAUAAAAACUGUAAAAUGAGGACUCCAGGAAAAGAGGACAGGAAGUUGCAUGCACAAUACCAAAGGCGUUGAUUUCAAUCUUUUUAUCUUUUUAUUAUAAAUCACAGCCUCAGGUUUUAAAAUCAUCACAUGAUUCCUAACCAAAAAUAUUCUGUAAGUCCGUAUUUUACAAAAUAUUAUGCAACAGAUUGCAAAUUUUUCAAAACAAACCUGAUUUUUUUAAUUAAAAUUUUUUAUUUGAAAAAGUAAACUAUAUAUGUAUAUCACAUUUUCACCAGAAAUGUUUAUGUAUGUAGGAAUGGAUUCAAUCACACAUAUGAAUAAAUAAAAACCAAGAAAUACA